GCCAGGAAUCCCACAAUACCAGGCGAAGGAGCUCCGUUUCGGGGCAGAGCUUGUGGUUUCAAUCAAAGGGAGAAAAAAAGAAAUGCAGAGAGAUGCAAGAUGGCAGAGCUGCAAAUGUUGUUAGAGGAAGAAAUUCCAGCCGGCAAAAGAGCCCUUGUAGAGAGCUACCAGAAUCUGACGAGGGUAGCGGAUUACUGCGAAAACAAUUAUGUUCAGGCCCAGGACAAGCGUAAGGCCCUUGAGGAGACCAAAGCGUACACCACCCAGUCCCUGGCCAGCGUGGCCUAUCAGAUCAAUGCUCUGGCCAACAAUGUGCUGCAGCUGCUGGACAUCCAGGCCUCCCAGCUCCGCAGGAUGGAGUCCUCCAUAAACCACAUCUCUCAGACUGUGGAUAUCCACAAGGAGAAGGUUGCCAGGCGAGAGAUCGGCAUUUUGACGACAAACAAGAACACGUCCAGAACCCACAAGAUCAUCGCCCCUGCUAACAUGGAGAGGCCCGUGAGGUAUAUUCGGAAGCCCAUAGACUACACCGUGCUGGAUGACGUGGGACACGGGGUCAAGUGGCUAAAAGCCAAGCAUGGGAACAACCAGCCUGCCAGGGGAGGGACGCUGUCCAGAACCAACCCCCCCACGCAGAAACCACCCAGCCCGCCCAUGGCAGGGCGGGGCACUCUGGGUCGAAACACAUCCUACAAAACCCUGGAGCCGGUCAAGCCCCCUGUGGUCCCCAACGACUACAUGACCAGCCCCGCCCGCCUGGGCAGCCAGCACAGCCCCGGCCGCACCGCCUCCCUCAACCAGAGACCCAGAACUCACAGUGGCAGCAGUGGGGGCAGCGGCAGUCGGGAGAACAGCGGCGGCAGCAGCAGCAUUGGGAUUCCCAUCGCCGUGCCGACACCCUCCCCGCCCAGUCUGGGACCAGGACCAGGGCCAGCGGCAGUUCCCCAGGGGCCUGGGCUGGGUCCCAUCCCGAUGUCGCAGUUCGGAACGAUAUCCCGGCAGAUCUCUCGGCACAACUCCACCACCUCUUCGGUGUCCACCGUCUCGGCCACCGGCACGUACCGGCGCGCCCCGUCCGUCACCUCCCAGUUUUCCGUGCAGCAGCCGCACGUCAACGGCGGCCCCGUGUACCCCCAGAACUCAAUGACUAUUGCCCCACCCCCUCCCCCCAUGCCCCAGUUGACUCCACAGAUACCCCUCACGGGCUUUGUGGCCAGGGUGCAGGAGAACAUAGCGGACACGCCCACUCCGCCGCCCCCGCCUCCCCCCGACGACGUGCCGCUGUUCGACGACUCGCCGCCACCCCCGCCGCCCCCGCCGGUCGACUACGAGGAUGAGGAGGCAGCCGUGGUGCACUACAGCGACCCCUACGCGGACGGAGACCCUCAGUGGGCCCCCAAGGCCUACGCUGAGAAAGUCGUCGCGAUUUACGACUACACCAAGGACAAGGACGACGAGCUGUCCUUCGUGGAGGGGGCCAUCAUCUACAUCAUCAAGAAGAACGACGACGGCUGGUACGAGGGCGUCUGCAACGGCGUGACCGGCCUCUUCCCCGGAAACUACGUGGAGUCCAUCAUGCACUAUGCCGACUGAGAGGGCCCUGUUCGUUCAGUCACGCCUACAGUUAAACAAAACCAGGCCUGACCUGACCUGCGGAGCGUAGGCCAGUGCAUUCGGAUGUGACGCAAUGUUUGUUCCUUUUAGAACUGCAAAUGAGAAGAAAAAAAAAUCUAUUGAUUAUUUUUUAUUUGAGGUGGGUUGUUGGGGGGGGGGAGUUGGGGAUUAAAAUAUACUAAUAUGAUACAAUGGAAGUGCUUUACUGCUUGGAUUGUUUUGACCGAAACGAAGGGCAAAGUAUCCACUGCACUGAAAGGGAAGCGUGCGUAGAGCUGUAAAGCGCUUCCUGUACAAUGAGACGUGAAUGAUUAUAUUCUAACUUCCGGUAUGAUCCUGUGCCCUCUUACUUCACUGUAUAUAAUGUGAGCAGCUGCCAGUAGGUCGUCGUUAGCGUGUUCCUGUGGGUGCCCAUUGGUGUCUUGAGCGGUCUACACCCUACGUGAACACAUCGAGUAGGGAUUGUUUUACUGGUCAGGUUAAACUGUCAUUUUCUCCUUCCUCUCCUCUGUCAAGCU